CUAAGCUUAGCCUGGGGCAAUCGCCCUGCCCCCUUCCUACUUCCCCAAAACCACUGUAUAAGGGCUGAUUGUGGGGCAGUAGCCACAGCCACUGAGAGUGGAGGCCAUAGACCCUCGUGAGAAGCUGUGUUGGACACAAAGGGACAGCUGUGAGGACAAAGGUGGAAUUGCUUCUACUACAGGAUCAAGUAGACAUGAAACAGCCCCUGAUCCUGUCCCUUCUCCUGCUGGGGAUGGUUUCUGCUUUUCAUCUGGACUCUGCUCACCCUCAUCUGGAGACUUCCAAGAGAGAGGAAGACCUGAAUCCGGAAGCAGAUGGUUCCAGGGAGCAGGGGAGAGAGUUGGUUCUGACUCAAGGGAUAAUGCAGACAGAGGGAGAGGAGGUUGAGGGUUCUGAACAUCAAGACGUCUUUGAGGAUGGGGAGGCAAUGGAGUCAGAACCAGAUGCCUUAGAUGAGGACUCUGUAUGCCCCAGGGAAGAGGACACAGCUCAUUUUCAGGGAACUCCUGGGUGCAAGAGCUGCCGCUAUGUGCUGGUGAGGACUCCUAAGACAUUUCAUAAGGCUCAGAAACUCUGCAGACGAUGUUACCGAGGCAACCUUGCCUCCAUCCACACCUUCGGUUUCAACUUCCAAGUUCAGAGCUUGGCCAGGAAGAUCAACCAGUCCAUUGUCUGGAUUGGAGGCGUCCUCAGGAGAUGGUUAUUCUGGAAGAACUUUUGCUGGACUGAUGGGAGCCGCUGGGAUUUUGGAUACUGGGCCCCAGGGCAGCCUGGGAAUGGGGAAGGGCACUGUGUGACUCUGUGCGCCAAAGGGGGCCAUUGGCGAAGAGCUUCAUGCAAAAGUCGCCUGCCUUUCAUCUGCUCCUUCUAAAAUGGAGCUAGACCCUGCUGAGAUGGAGCUAGACCCUGCUGAGAUGGAGCUAGACCCUGCUGAGAUGGAGCUAGACCCUGCUGAGAUGGAGCUAGACCCUACUUGGAACCUCCUGCCUUCGCAGCCCUGGCUGCACAUGUCCCAUCCUUUGGUGUUCAAUUCUGUCCCUAGUCUCUUCUGAUCAUAAAGUCAGGCUUUCCACAGCA